CCGCGUUCAAAAUGGCACUCUCUGUCGAAACCCAAGCCAGCCAAACCAGGCCCAAGAGCGAAUCCUACAACCACAGCAACCACUACAACGAGCAGACCAACAACCAAUCGAUCAGCAGCAGCAACAUCAACAACAACAUCAACACCAACAACAUCAACAACAUCGUUUCUUCAAACAACAACGGCAAUAACACUUCAGCCCAGAAUCAAAAGGACUGCAGAAAAUCCCAAGGAUAUAAUAUUGAUGAUCCGGGAGCCGGCACAAGUUCGGGCAACAACAUACGAGACGGUGGCAUCCGAUUUAGCACAGCAGAAAGAGAAAAAGCAAAUAAACGCGAAGGCCUCUGGCGAGAUAAAUUACUCAAACAAUUGCACUUGCUCUCAGAGGAGAAUAACGCAAACGGCGCCUAUGACGGAUUCGCCUAUGUCGGAAGAUUCGACGACGACGGCAACGCCAAUAGUAACAACUACAACAAUACCAAUCGUUAUAAAUACGCAUCCACAUCCAAGGAUCAUACUGAUCAAGGUGCCCACCAGCAGCAGCAGCAGCAGCAGCAGCAGCAGCAACAACAAGAGCAACAGGGCAGAGCAGACAGCGCCUCGAACUCGUCUUAUAAGAAUACCCUUUUUACCAGGGCCGGUAUCAACACCGUCGCCAGUGAAGCGUACUACGCCUCAGACGAGCUCUUCAGUAAACUCUACAAUUCCGGCGACUGCAUACCGUUUAGGUACGGCCUCUUCAACGCCUGGGAUGACAAUAUACCCCAAACAGCAAAGCUCAACGAUGAGCCACCCAGUCGCGAUAGACCAAACAUUCGGUCCACCGACGGCUACAGAGAUGGUGACGGAGACGGAGACGGUCCAGGUGUCAAGUAUGCCACAGACAUUGGCGUCAAUGGCUGGUAUACAGCUAACAGGUGCCGACGAGCAGUCGUCCCACCAGGAUGUGAGUGGAGCAAUGCCUACUGCUACAGUUGAAGAGAUAGAUGUUCCGGUGUUCAUUGAUGAAUACCUGCAAGAUAUAGAAGCAACUUCGUCAACUAGCAGCAGCAGCGGAAGCGAUAAAGGAAAGGAGAUAUUUACGGAGACGGACAUACUUGAUUUUGACUUUGAUAUAAACCUGAUUACCGAGGAUCACAUUGAGCAGAAGAAAAUGGAUCAGUGCAAUCUGGAUAUGGAAAGCAGCGACAACAUCAACAACGAUUACUUAACUACACCAAUAGAAGACCUGGCAGAAUUGUCCUCGCUCGGUGAGGACGAGAUCUGCGAUAUGGGUGCUAUGCGCGGCAUCGACUUUCAUCAACAACCAUCAUCACUCGACUUGGAUAUCGACAACAUAAUGAUAAAUUCACAAAAUCCCAUGCUGUGCAGCAGCCAAUCGCAGAGUUCAAUCAUCCCAUCAUACAGUCAAACCAAAUACUUCACCGAACAGCCACUUCUGGCCGACGAAAACAGCAAUGAGGAUGGCGGCGUCUAUCUCUGCAGUCAAGAGUCCUUGGGCUAUAGUCACUUGGGCGUCGAUUUCGGAUCUAAUAUAGAGCCCGAGCAGAACGAAAACAUUGCUGACAUCUUACAAAAUAUCUUGAGCAGUGUCGGUGGAAGUACAGCAUUUAAGCGAUCGGUAACAUUGGAGCCGGAGACACAACCACAAAAACGCAGCAAAUUAAUACUCAACCUCACAACAACAUCACCCCUCCUUGAAAGUUCAGACGUGAUUGGAACUCCCCAGAUAAUCAACGAUGUUCUAUCCUUUGAGACGAAUGUCGAAUCCGACGACAGACCCAUUACACCAAACGCAUCAACACAUGACAAAAUCAUCGAGGAUCUACGCAGCGUCGAGGAAGAAACUACCAACGAUUUCUCAGCGCCGAAUACACCCUAUUCGGCGUCCUCCUCGUGUACAGCUGCACCCACAUGCCAGACCGGUUUUGCCGGAUUCCUGACUGCCCCCGCCUCGCCUGCCGUUUCCAUUGCAAGUACCUCACAGUUCACAACAACAGAUACCAGCAUCACCGGUAACAAGCGGAAACGCGGACGUCCAGCCAAGGAGCAUGCCGAUGGGCCUGAUCCUGACCUAAUGUCCCGCAUGACCGACGAUGAGGUUAAGGCGUACAAGGAUCGCAUUAAGAACAACGAGGCUAGCCGCAUUUCCCGUCGUAAGACGAGAACCCGUGAGAUGCUCGAGAAGCAGGAAGAGGACACUCUGGUCUCGGAGAACAAUCGGCUACAGGCAAAAUUAAGACGCUCCGAAGAGAAAACAUUGCAGUUCAAAGACUAUCUGAUGAAUCGUCAUCACCACAACAGUACCUUUGUCAAGCAGGAGCGGGAUUAAGCCGAAUACGUUAAAUUCCACAACAACAAAAGAUUCUCGUAGCCAUAGACCAGCCAUUAAAUUCGUUAAUUAUCAUUAAUUUACAUCUAUUGUCGCACAUUGUGAUUAGCUAUAAGUGCAGAAUUCAUAUGUCAUCCAUUGUUAGGUUUAGGAAAUCGUUGUUGAGUCGCAAAGCAAUCCAC